GUUGCAGUGUACUACAGUGUGCGUGGCGCUCACGGUGCAGAGGUGGGGUUGUUGCAGUGUACUACAGUGUGUGUAGCACUCAGUUUGGGACUAGUGAAGUGUACUACAGUGUAUCUGCCCGAAAUGCCCCGGUAUGAUAAUUUGCAAACCACUAAUAGUUCAACAAACUAUUAUUCUAAUGACUACUAAACGUCGUAUAAAUUACAAAUGGUUCUGAAAACUACUGAGCCUACACAUUAACAGAAGUCCUGCAGUACAAUCUAUCAACGUUUCUGCUUAACGAAGACAGUCCUACAAACUGCCAAUGGUCCAGCAAAGUAACUACAGUCCAGCUAACAACCGACGGUCCAGCUAACUCUGAAAGAUGUUGAACCGCAGAUUAGUUAGGGCAACACUGUACCUGAUCACCGUGUUGAGCUCAGUUUGUUUUCUUGCCUUCUUUGUGCAGCCAUAUUGGCUGGACCAGUGGACGAACACCGACCCCGACUCUCCCGAUACACCUGUUAGGCUUGACUUUGAAGACCAGUUCUUCCUACCACUGAUGGCUGCCUACCGCUCUGCUGCCUUUCCCUCCUCCAGACUCACACCUGCGCAUAGUUUCAGGUCAGGCAAGGUUCCCAGCUUCUUGUUAUGGUCAGAGCCGCUUAAUAUUGACUUCUGGUUGUCCCAGCUCAACCACCUCACCAGAGGUCUGUGUCCCUUACCCUGUGACUUCACCUUCAAUGUUUCUCAAAUGAGCAGUGUUGAUGCUGUGGUGGUGUACCUGCGUGGGGUUUCUAGCAGGGAUCAUCUCCUGGCAGAGCUGGCACCCCGUGACCCCACCCAGCCCUGGAUCGUCAGCUCCUUCGAGGCGCCGCCCUUAGCCAACAGCAUCCACCACACCGACUACAGAACCCUGGGCGGCAUCUUCAACCGCACAAUGUUGUACCGCAGGGAUGCGGAUGUUGUAGUUCCUCACGGGUUCAUCGUCCGUCGAGAUGAAGCCAGUCUCCUCCCUAAGUCGUGGCAUGUACCCCCAGUGCAACACCCAGGCAACUUUCAUACACGUAAAAUGGUCGUGGCAUUUAUCUCCAAUUGCCAUGCAAAGAGUGAUCGUUUGGAGUAUAUAAGAGCCCUAAAAAAAUACAUAACAGUCGAUAUCUUUGGCAAGUGCGGCAAUUUGAAGUGCGGUCGAUCUUUAUAUGUCAAUCACAGGUAUGACCCGACCAAAGAUCGCUGUUUAAAAAUGGCAGGUGAGAGAUAUCUCUUCUACUUGGCCUUUGAGAACUCCCUCUGCACCGACUACGUUACAGAAAAGCUGUACAACCUCAUGUAUUACCCGAUGGUGCCUGUUGUGCUCGGGGCAGCUAACUACUCAGCCGCCAUGCCUCCCAACUCUUACAUUGAUGCUCGGCAGUACACACCCAGAGAACUGGCAACCAAACUAAAGGUUCUUGCGAGAAACCCACAGAAGUACCAGAAGUACUUAGCGUGGAGACAGUAUUACCAGCCGUCCACUAUCGGUGGUGAGCGCUCUCUCUGUCACCUCUGUGUACGGCUUCAUGAUCCAGGCUUUUAUAAACACAAUGUGAUCGACGACUUCUAUGAUUGGUUUGUAGUUAAGUCCCAAUCCACUGAUGGACACGGACCGUGUUUGUAACGUCGGAUAUUUUUUUUUAUGGAUUUGGUAAGAAAAUACCUCAGCUCUAGUCUGGUUUCUAGAUACUGUUCCUUAAAAGUUAUUAUUAUUAUUAUUAUUAUUACUAUUAUUAUUUAUAUUAUUAUUAUUAUUAUUUUAACAUCAUUCCACCUCUUGCACAGCUACUACCGGGCUGAAUCGUAUGUAUUAAUGUGAUGAUACCACGCCCAGACCCUCCCUACCUCAGCACGCACAACCUCGCGUUGUGGCCCACCUGAUUUGCCUGUUUCCCUCUCACCCGAUUGUAACUGGAUGGAUAAAAGUGUAUUUUGGAGUCUCUUUUGGUCUACUUGAUUAAGCUUGUCUCGACUGAAACUUUUGUACGUAACAUCGAAGGCUUGUCUAAAUACUGGUAAUGUGGAAAAUAAUUUCCCAAAAUUUAUGCUUUGUAAAUAAACCUGAUUAAUACGUUACUAUUGUUCUGUUGAGUGCAUUUUAAAUAAGAGAAUCGACAAGGAAGCUCUGCGCCUGCGCUGACGAGCAGGGAGGAGACGCCAUUGUUUUUUUGAAUGUGGUACAGGUACGCUAAUGUAAUAUGCUUAAUUUUCGUCGCUCUAGGGGUUAUAUUGGGCUUAAAACCUCUCAAAUAGGAGCCGAAAUUGUUGGAUGUGCAGUCCUGCAUAAUUUGAGCAUUAAGCAGAUGGACAGGACAGCUCCAGGAACCUCAGAUAAGAUGUCUAUGUUUAUGAUUAGUUCUGGCCAGUAAUAUUUUCAUAAGUGUAGACAGGGAGGUUUUUGGGUAUGAUACACAGUAAUCUCCAGACAAAUUGGUAAGUGUUAUGAUUAUAAAUUCUCUUUCUGUUAUGUAAAUGUGUAUAUGUAAUCAUUUAUUAAUUUUAAUAUACAGUCCACAAAUUUAUAUUAAAUUUUACCAGAAUUCCUGGUGAUGUAUAUUUCAUUUGCAAUUAAUAUAGGUCUAGAGCAACUUGUGGAGAGAUAGAUGGUAGGUAUCGAAGGGGGACAUUUUUUGCGACCUAGGUGUCCUAAAAAUUCCUACUUGUCUCUCGAACUUUGACAAAUAAUAAUUAUCUUUGUUACCAUUUACUUGUAUGUAUCUAAUGAGAUUCAUCCAGGUAAAUGUAAUUUUCCACAGGUAAUGCGAUGCUAAAAUCUCAAAAGCUGAUGUACUUCAAUAUCCUAAAACAAUAUUAACAUCAAUUCCCUGAAAAUUGUAAAGGAAUGUCUUGUGGAAACCUAUGUUGAAAAUUGCAUUUAUCUGAAUGUACCAUUAUAUACAUAACAGUAAAUGAAAAGAUAAUUAUUAUUCAUCAGUUAGACAUAUAGGAAUUUGGGACACCUAGGUCGCAAAAAAUGUCCCCCUUCGAUACCUACCACUGUCAUAUCCACAAGUUGCUCUGGACCUAUUAAUUACAAAUGAAAAAUACAUCACCAGGAAUGCUGGUAAAUAUAUAAAUUUGUGGACUGUAUAUUAAAUUAAUAAAGAAUUAUAUAUAUACACAUUUAUAUAACAGAAGGAGAAUAUAUUUUAAUAUCACUCACCAAUUUGACUGGAGAUUAAGGUGUAUCAUACUCAGAAAACCUCUGUCUAUACAUGAAAAUAACAACUGGCCAGAGUUAUAACAUAACAGACUUAUCUGAGGUUCCUGGAGUUAUCUUGUCCAGUCGCCUGAUAUCUCAAGUUUUGCAGGAAUGCACAUCCAAUAAUUUCGCCUCCUAUUUGAGAGGUGUCAGCCCAAAUUUAACCUCUAGAGCACGAAAAAUUCUUCUCAUUACUCACAACGUGUUAUUCAGUUCAAACAAAAUGUCGACUGUCCUGCGCAGAUGCAGGCUCAGUUUCCCGUUUUCCAUAACAUAUUUUAUUAAAUACAGUAUGGCCAUCUAUUUACAUAUGACUACUGUAUUUCUGGAAAAUAUAUACAGUAUUUUCCACACUGUGGCCAGGCGGAGUUCGUUGCUAAACAACUCAAAUUGCUCAUUUGGCAAUUGUGGAGGACCUGGAUACAUAUAGGAUCUGGCAUCCACACGGCAACAUAUUACACAAGAUUUAAUCACCCUUUGUACAAUUUGCCGUCCUUGUGGAAUCCAGAAAGUUUCUCUAAUACAAUUUAAGGUAUCUUGUACCCCACCAUGCAUUACAUUUUUAUGGGCAUUAAGCACAAUUAAAUUUGUUAGAUGAUGAGUUUUAGGCAGUAAGAUAGGGUGUUUAGCAUAAUCACCCAAUUCAGCAUUUUGUAACCUACCUCUGCACCUAAUUACACUGUUCUCUGAAUACAGCCCCAAUUUCUCUAUUAUGGAACCUUUCACAAUUUUUCUUUCCAUCAUCAAUUUAAUCUCAUUUCCAUAGAUUUCCUCCUGUACCCUCUUUAUCCAAUAUUCAGGAGGAUGUGAAAACUUAAAUGAAAUAUUCAUCUUGUUUAGAAAUUUAAACACCAACUUAGUUACAUUGAUUAGUUUGGGUAAAGAAGAAUACCUAUUUAUAUCAAUGGCUAAGGAGGACAAAAAAUUUGGAGCGGUGGUCACAGUAAUUUCAACGGGGAGUAAUAUACGCCUUUUGUACAGGCCAAUUAGCUUUAUUUACCAACCAGCUCGGUCCUUUAAACCAUGAUAAUGCAUUUACAAAUUUAGCAUAAGGUAAACCUUGAGACAAGAAAUCAGCUGGAUUCUCCUCACCUGGUAUAUGAUUAAAUGUUAACAUAUGCUGACCCAAACUAUUAUACUUCUCUUGCAUCUGAUUAAUUUCAGCGACUCUGUUUUGUACGUACACAAUUUUACUGUUUCCAUUACGAAUCCAUUGUAAGGAUGCCUCAUUAUCAGACCAAAUUACAGUGUCGCUAAUAUUUAUCUCCUGCAACUUAUUUCUUAUAUAAUUAGCUAAUUUGACACCUACAUAAAUGGCUGUUAAUUCCAACUGAGGUAAGGUACAUGAUUUAAUUGGAGACACUUUAGCUUUAGACAUAACAAGAGAGAUAACACUAUUACAUUGAAGAUAAGCAACUGCUCCAUAUGCCAAUUUUGAAGCAUCACAAAAAAUGUGGAGUACAUUUUCCCCAUUUGAUACAAAACAUCCAGGCCAUGGGAAAACCUGGGUAGCCACAGCCACUCAAGAGGGAGAGGUUUUUUAGUGCCAGGAAGGAAAAAAAAACUGGCAGGAAAUGGCAGAAAUCGUACACCAAAUCCAGUCAUUCCUGGAGUGGAACCACAGUCGAUGGCCUCCACUCCAAACCAACAGAUACAGAUACUAAUGCCGGAAAAAAAAUCCCCCCCCCAGUACCAACAAUACCACCAGUCCGAUAACAUUCUUCUUGGCAAAUAUACAGGGUCUAAAGCCAGCAACAAACAACAAAAUACCUUUCAUCCGUGGACUGCUUGCAGAGGCAAAGGCAAUGUUCGCGGCUUUCACUGAGACCCACAUAAAGGAUCACUUGG